AUGUCCAGCAAAACUGCAGUUCUGACCUCAAAGGCACCCAAGCCUCUUCCUGGCAUCUACAGUCAAGCCAUCAUCGCCAAUGGUUUCGUAUACUGCUCAGGAGCCAUCGCCAUGGACACCACGGGGAAGAUCAUCGAUGGUGACAUCCAAGCUCACACUCAUCAAUGCAUCAAGAACCUCACCGCUGUUCUCGAGGAAUCGGGUACAACCAUUGACAAGGUCAUCAAGGUCAAUGUCUUCUUGUCUAGUAUGGAUGACUUUGCAAAGAUGAAUGAGGUAUACAAGACUUAUUGGGGUGAUGUCAAACCGAGUAGA